AUGAAGUCCCUUCAUCAUUCUUUGGCUGUCCUCAUGACAGUUGGGUUAUGGGCACUGGUCAUGACUGACUCGGACUCCGAAGAAUCUGGAUCAAGUAGCGCUGACUGGAGUGCAGCUGACGCUCCGCUACAGUGUCAGCCUCUGACGAUAUUUCUCGGAAAAGUGGUCCACAUGCCAUAUGUAAACGAUCCUGCAGCACCCGAUCCGUCGUGUCUUGAUAUCUGCACCGACGAAAUGGAAAAUUAUGAAAGGGGCGUUAUUAGUGGGGGUCCCGCACCUGGAAUCGCCUGCAAUGCUGGUAACGAUGUCUGCGUUUGCCUCGCAAAUUGGUUGGACCUAGGCCACACCGUGAACUCAGACGAAGCAGAAUUAUACCAACACUAUUAUGGUGGUACAGCCCAAUUCGGUUCAAACCUCGGUACGGUGUCGACGGAACUGACACAUGGUACAGCUAGUGGCCCUACCUUCUGGAAUGCCGUGGCUAUAAUGACGCACAAUUCGCAGCUGCAGAGGAUAAGGCAGUGGUUGAGGAACAAUCCACAACACGGUUCCAGCUCUAGCAGUGCCAGAACCAGCCAGGGGCAAGCAGAUUCCUUUCAAACGCAACAAUGCUUCUGCGCCAUCAGUAUUGCAUACUCCAGUUUCCGCGUGGAUCCAUCCCUAUGUCCGCUAGAAGGCGACUAUGGCAUACCUGGCAUACCCGCGAUGCAUGCAGUUGGCGACUGGUUUCCGGUAUUGGUUAGGCGAUCAGUUUGA